AUGGAAGUCAAAAAGGUAGCAGCAGGUCGGCAGGACCAGCGCGGGGUGCUGGGGUUGCGCCCGGGUGACUCCGCGCACUGGGGGCGAUCGCAGGGGCGGCGCAGUACCCAGCAUUGCCCGGCCCCGGUCCUCCUUCCACUGGGGCGCGCGCUCAACGCACCCCCUCCAAAGCACCGCCGGAGCUCAAACUUCCUAAGGGUGGCAGUUGGCACCCCUGGCUUCUGGUUGCUGCAAGAGAGGGAGUCCCCGUCCCCACCCCUCCCCACCUCAAAACCUACCCCCGCGGAUGGCGAGGGGCGUGGAGGAUGCUCGCGGGUGGGAGCGACCCGUCACCACCGCAGCUUAGCCGAGCUCCGCCCGGAGCAGCAGCGUCUGAAGUUUCAGCUCUCACGCCGUCUCCACUCCGGCUCAAUUGCUUGCGGGUUUCCCCCAACGUCCCCGAGGCUCCCAGUUUCCUCCCUCUUCCAGCCCGGCACAGGAACACUUAAAGGGGCCGCGCGAUCCUCUCGGAGCCUAUGCUUAAGGUCUCCAGGUGUCAGUCAGGCAAGUUCUGCUAGUUUAGGUUUCCACCCACAAGCCAGGGUGCCCAACUGCGCCCUCAGUGGGUUUUAUCUUUUCAAGAAAAGAGAAAAUGCAGGAACAAAAUUUCAAGGCAAUGUCUCUUCAGGAAUCCCAGAUGAGACUUCUUUAGAUGAGGAGGAGCAGAAUAGAGUUCCUAAGGAAACUACAAGCCAGACAUCUGCCUGUCUUCCAACAGAACCUGGAAUACAAGCCAGAAGUCUCAGCAGAUUUGGUGAACAGCCCUAUCAGCUGCCAAAAGGAAAGAAGGCCAAGGGGAAGAAGAGGGCUCUGGGCCCUGCUUUCGCAAAGAAGAACUAGGUCAAAAAAGUGGUGACUCAUCGAUUGGAGAAAAGACCUAAAAUCCUUGGCAUUGGACAGGACAUUCAGCCCAAUAGGAACCUCCCCCAUUUUGUCAACUGGCCCUGCUCUAUGCUGCUGCAGCUGCAAAGGGCAAUCUACCUGCACCUGAAAGCACUUCCUGAGAGUAACCAGUUUAACUAGACCUUGGGCCGCCAGCCAGGAACACAGCUCCCUCAGCUGGCCCACAUAUACAGGCCAGAGAUGAGGCAGGAGAAGAAGCAGAGGAUGUUGGCCCGAGGUGAGAAGAAAGCUGCUGGCAAAGGAGACCUCUCCACUAAGAGACCUGCAACUCGAUCAGGAGUUAACACUGUUAACACCUUGGUAGGGAGCAAGAAGGCUCAUCUAGUGUGGAUUACACAAGACAUGGACUCCAUCGAGCUGGUUGUUUUCCCCCCUGCCUCAGUAGAUGAGCAUCCUCUACUGCAUCAUCAAAGGGAAGCCAGGCUGGGGCACCUCGUCCACAGAAAGGCAGGCACCACCAUUGCCUCUACUCAAGUUACCUCUGAAGACCAAAGAUCUCUGGCCAAGUUGGUGGAAGUUAUCAGGACCAAUUACAGAGACAGACAUAAUGAGAUCCACCAUCACUGGAGAGGCAAUGUCCAGGGUCCAAAAUCUGUGGAUGAAAUCGCUAAACUGGACAAGGCUAGGAGCUGGCCCACUAAACUAAAGUGUGCAGUAUUGAUUUCUCUGUACAUGAAGAUAAUAAAAACUGUCCUUUUCGAAGAUAACAUAAAAAUUCACAUACAUAAAUGGAGCAUUUAUUAG